AUGAAAAUCAAAGCUCUCACCCGCUCAUCGAGCUCCAUUCAGACUCCCGGCAGCGAUGUCGCCCGUCAACCUCGCAACCUCGAUCCUGCUCUGCACCCAUUCGAGAGGGCGAGAGAAUAUACUCGUGCCCUCAAUGCGACCAAGAUGGAGCGCAUGUUCGCUGCGCCCUUUGUUGCCCAGCUAGGGAAGGGUCACGUGGACGGGGUGUACAGGCUGGCCAAGGACCCGAAUGCUCUGGACAAUCUGGCGAGUGGAAGUGGUGAUGGAGUGCUGAAAGUGUGGGAUGUGCCGAGUCGGGAAGAGGUGUGGCAGACGCAAGCGCAUGAGAAUCUGGUCAAGGGCAUGUGCUGGACACGGGGGAGGAAGUUGUUGAGUUGUGGUGCAGACAGGACAGUCAAGCUCUACGAUCCAUACAACACGACGAAGGGCAGCAAGCCGACUGCGACUUGGCUAGGAUCGAGCGCCUUCACAGCCUUGACGAUGCACCGACACGAGCCCGCCUUCGCCGCAGCAGCAUCCUCCGCGAUCCAGUUAUACGACCUCGAGCGGCCCUCGACGACACCCACCCAGACUCUUGCCUGGCCUACUGCGAUCGACACGAUCAAUGCCUUAUCCUUCAACCAGUCUGAGACUUCCCUUCUGGCAUCUUGCGCAUCGGAUCGAUCACUGGUGCUCUACGACUUACGAACAUCCUCCCCACUUCAUCGAUCAGUCCUUACCAUGUCCAGCAACGCCAUAGCAUGGAAUCCAAUCGAGCCUUUCAACCUCGCCUUAGCCAACGAGGAUCACAACAUCUAUCUGUUCGACACCCGGAACCUAACAAGAGCUUUGAACGUCCUCAAAGACCACGUCUCGGCUGUCAUGGACGUCUCCUUCUCGCCAACUGGCCAAGAGCUCGUCUCCGCUUCCUACGACCGCACACUCCGUCUCUGGACACCGCAGAAGUCCGGCCACAGCAGGGACAUCUACCACACUAAGCGCAUGCAGCGAGUCUUCUCAACCACUUUCACAGGUGACUCGACCUACGUCCUUUCUGGUUCCGACGAUGGCAACAUUCGACUAUGGAGAGCACACGCAAGCGAGCGAAGCGGUGUGAAGAGUGCGAGAGAACGACAGAAGCUAGAAUACGACGAGGCGCUGAAGGAGAGGUGGAAGCACAUGCCAGAGAUCAGGAGGAUUGCCAGACACAGGCACGUGCCAAAGGUGGUGAAGAAGGCGGGCGAGAUUAAGGGCGAGGAGCUGAAGAGUAUUAAGAGAAGAGAAGAGAACGAGAGGAAGCAUACCAGGAAGGGACAGAAGGCAAGACGGAGUGAGAGGGAGAAGAUGGUGCUUGCUACCGAAAAGUAA